AUGUAUUUUCAGAUGAACGUACUGUACGCAUUCGCCCUAUGGACAGUGCUGUUUGUCGGAGUCCUAGGAGCACCGAGUCCAUGCGACAGCCUUGGAGAGGUUCGAGUCUGCAACGAAACACAGUAUGAAACGUAUCGCGACUGUGUGGAAGAGGUUAAAUCGUUAAGGUUUAAAAGGCAAAUGCUUUGCCAGCAGUCCGAGAUGCAGCAGGACCAACCUGUUAUUAUUGAGGAUCAUUCGACAGAAGACGUAGUAAUGCCUAAGGUUCAGGUGAUUCCGGCACUCGAAAGUGUAGUGACCGUUGCACCGAUCGAAUCGAAUGACAUACCGGAUCUUGAACCCACGCAUUUGGCCAUGAAAGCGUUAAAACGAAAAUUCAUUUUACAAGCAGAAAAUGAAGAUGACAACCUUGAGUUCAAUGUUCCCACCAAUAUCACCACAGUAAUUCGAUUAACUAACGUAGUUAAUAAUACCAACGUGGUUAAUGUUCCUACUCAUGUGAAUGCAACUAAUGUUAACAACAUUCAUAUUUACGCAAACAUAACCGAAGGUGAUGGGACAGCACCCAACGAAGAAAAGUGCUGCACUGCUGUACGUCCUAAAAGCUGUCAUGCUUCAACGCAGGGAAUCAAAUGUCAGCACAAGAAAUUCCGCACUUGUGGAUCUCAAUGUACCUCGGAUGUGAUACACGUGCAACGGAGGAAACGGUGUGAUUCGCAAGGAAACUGCCAGGAGAAGAUAGCCUACGUUCCUCAGCCAGAAAAACCAAAAUGUAUUUAUGUCGAACAGUGGCCGUUUGUAGUCUGCGGUAAACCAGCGAACAUGAAAGUUGUCUGCGAUGGAUGCUAUGAUCAUUACGGUCAUAGCUCAGACGCCCAUCUCGGUCCGAUUGCUGAUCAGUGCAAAGGAUGCUACGAUGAUGGUUUUGAUUACGGUCCACUUUAUCGCCGCGGCCCAGUAUUGAGACCUUUCUACUAUCAUGAACCGCCUUGUUAUCUCACAGGAAACUGCCCUUUGUCCUACGGGCCUGAUUGCGGCUAUGGCUGUUACGGAAAUCAAAUGAUAGACCCGGUAUGGGGACCACCAUCGCCGUAUGACCCCAACAUGGAUGAUUCGAAUAGUGUUUACUUUAACGAGAAAGAUCUGCAGGUUGUCAAUGACACCGAGUCCGACUGGGGAGUACCCGUGCACAAAUGUACCGUAGUUUCCGAAGAUAAUACGAUUUCAGUGCAAAACUGUACAAACACAGAAGACAAUCAAUACGCUGCGGCGCCUUCAAAAUAUCCAUAUUACGAUGCACUUCCGUUUCCAUCAGAACCUCAAAAGCGAAAAUCAGCUUACAAAGUAAAGCAAACUAUUCAAAAACAAUCCGUAAUAGUGGACAGUGACAAUGGUGAUUCUUCCUCCGGGGAAGGCUCACUUCCAAUCAGGUCGGAUGUGUCGUUCAUUGUCGAUGACGAUAGUGACGAUGAUGGUUUUGAUUACAGUUUCUAG